AUGAACACGGGAAGCAAAAAUAGGUCAGGGGAACCCUCCGGCUCGCGGCGUCCUGGGUUGUCUUGUGCGGAAUGUCGCAGGUCGAAGCUGAAAUGCGACAGAUCUUUUCCAUGCCAAGCUUGCAUCAGACGAGGUUGUGCGAACAUCUGCCCGGAAGGAACUCUCAAUGCGACGAAAGGCAACAAGGUGUUGAUGGCCCAUGCUCAACGAAUGACCGAGCAAAUAACGACAUUGAAGGCCCGGGUGGAAGAGCUUGAGGAAGCGCUUGCCAAGACUUAUGAUGGGGAUCAUCCUCUCUUACGGCGUUCUCCUCCCAGCACGACUUCUGAGAAAGACGAUGACAUUACGGAUGCUAUCGGCUCUCUCUCGAUUGGUGCUCACGGCCAGUCAAAAUAUCACGGAGAAAGCUCAAGCUCGGAGUAUUUUCAAGAUUUAUUGGAGGCCUCGGACGACGAAGAGCCCGUUGGGCAUCCAAAUCCCUACGACUUACGAGACGAGAUUGUCCACCUCGUCGACGCAUUUCCUUUUGGCCUCAAAGAGCAUCGGUACAAUAAAGAAUUGUUCCGACCCUAUAUCCCUCCCCGGAGCACGGCAAUGGAGUUCGUCAAUCUCUACUACAGCGACGCUGCUUGGAUGUACGACCCCAUAAUUUUGCAGGAAUUCACAACGGCCAUCCUGGAUCCCAUGUACGGGAGUGGAAAUGUCCCCUCAGUAGAAGGCAUACAUCCCCAUGAACUCGCUGUGUUCUUCAUCAUCCUUGCCACCGGCCUUCUCUCCCAUCCUGGCUCCUCAAUGCUAUCGGGGAAAUACCACGCACUAUCUCGAGCGGCGCUGUCCCUAGAGCCCAUCGCAGUCGAAGCCACCUGUUCAGCGAUACAGGCCAUCUUCUUGACGUUUCGCUAUCUUUACAAUGCAGACCGCUCCUACAACGAAGAACGCUGGUUGUUAACUGGAGUUUGUGUCAGGUUGGCGCAAGCUCUUGGCCUGCAAAGGGAUGGUUCCAAUUGGGAUUUAUCGCAUGAAGAGAUACAAAGACGACGGAGGAUAUUCUGGGAGCUCUUCGUCUGGGACGCAUGGGGCAGCCUCGUGAAUGGUCGCCCGCCCGCUCUUGCUUUGCGUCAAACGGAUUGUCUCUAUGCGGACGAAGUAAACCCGUACAUCAAUGCAGACGGCAAGCCCGAGUUCAGCUGGAACACUUGGAAGCAACGAUAUGCGGCAACCUGCAUGAAGGCUUCAGCAGAUCAUGUUUUCAGCCUCUUUGGACCUUCAUAUAAUGCCCUUCUCGAACUCGACAAGAAAAUUCGCAAUUUCAUCGUUCCUGACUAUCUCCACGCCCCAAUCGACAAUGUCCACCUACCUCUAUCCUGGUCUCAAAACCCACACAUCGCAAUACAGCAGUAUUGCAUUAUGUCCGUGCAGGAAUCAAAUCUCCUCUAUGUGCAUCGAAGUUAUUUCGCUCAAGCCAUCCGCCAGAUGCCCAAGAACCCGCUCCUUCAUAAAUAUGCUACGUCUGUAAUGUCCACGUUUCGAAGUGCUCGACGUGUCAUUGCUGGACUUCGUGGAGUGUACCCUAUCAGUCCUAGAGUUGUGAGCUGCAAUUGGUUCUUCUGGUCAUGUACAUUCUCUGCUUGCGUCGUGUUAGGCGCGUUGGUGGUCGAGAGCCCGGGGUGUUCUUUAGCUGCAGAUGCUAUGCGCGAUCUCAAGGAGACCGUGCCAUUCUACGAAGAAGGGUCGCAACCAGGAGCCCAAGCAAGCGUUACCAUGCUCAAGAAACUGUGCUCCAGGGCCUCUGCGGCCUUCGAAUCCUUCCGAAAAGGCAACGAUGUCGAACACCACAGUAACCCUGCAGCAGUGGUCGAUGACCUCGAAGUCCUCAGCGGACGAAAGACCGUGAUUACCACAAGUGCAAGAUCUUCUGCAUCGCCAACCAUCAGUUCCACUGCGGCGAUACCCGUAGAAGCCACUUUGGCACGCACAGCAGAAGCUGGCCUCUCUCAGCCUGGCCCUUCGAAAUCCAUGGAUACGUUUUACGACCCUGUCGAAUCACACCCUAACAUGAGCGGAUUUCAAGCUUAUUCGAUGCAUGAAGGCGAGCGUUUCCCCGGCCCAGCAUACCCGCCAACGAAAGAUCCUACGGAAGGACCUAUGCCAAUGCUGUCAAGAUAUGUCCAAGGAAAUAUGAAUUAUUUCGAGCCGAUGUAUUUGAGUGGCCAAUCCAAUACCAGCGGCCUAACCAUGCCGAAUAUGCCCGAACACUUUUCGACUACUGCUGAACAGCAACCUAGUCAACCUUACGACGGCUCAUGGCACCCGCCGUCAUCUCUGGGAGGACCACAACAGGGUACUCAAGGCGAUGGCCGGCAGAAUAUGCAUUUCACACAAGAACACAAUCAAGCGGAUGUCUGGAGGAAUUUUAUUGGGCAAUAUGGGGCGAAAUAA